GUAAAAUCAAGAUGGCGGCUCACAGUGCUGUGUUCUCCGUGUCAAAAAUUAUAAACCCUUUCCUGGGUGGGCGCAUUGGAAAUACGGUUAAAAUACUUGGGACAACUUUAACAAGUCACAGGACUAAGACCAAUUUUGCUCCUCCUCCUGCUAAGUAUGGCGGCAGGCACACUGUGACCCUUAUACCCGGAGAUGGAAUCGGUCCAGACCUUCUUAACCAUGUCCAAGAAGUUUUCAGAUUCAGCUGUGUACCAGUGGACUUUGAGGUGGUGAAUGUAAACUCUGCUUUGGAGAAGGAGGAUGACAUCGAUAAUGCAAUCACUGCCAUCCGUCGAAAUGGGAUUGCCCUCAAAGGUAACAUAGAGACAAAACACACAAUGCCACCAUCUGUCAAAUCCAGAAAUAAUCUCUUGCGAACAAGUUUAGACCUGUACGCCAACGUGAUGCACUGCCAGUCUCUCCCUGGGGUCCAGACUCGCCACAAGAACAUCGACAUUAUGAUCAUCCGGGAAAACACGGAGGGAGAGUACAGCAGUCUGGAGCAUGAGAGUGUAUCAGGGGUGGUAGAGAGUCUAAAGAUCAUCACCAGGAACAAUUCUCUCAGGAUCGCAGAGUAUGCUUUCCAGUUGGCCAGAGAGAAAGGUCGCCGCAAGGUCACUGCUGUGCAUAAGGCCAACAUCAUGAAGCUCGGUGAUGGCUUGUUUCUGCAGUGUUGCAAAGAAGUGGCCUCCGGAUAUCCAGACAUCACAUUUGAUAGCAUGAUUGUGGACAACACCACCAUGCAGCUUGUGUCCAAGCCUCAGCAAUUCGAUGUGAUGGUGAUGCCUAAUCUGUAUGGAAACGUUGUCAGCAACGUGUGUGCUGGCCUGGUGGGAGGGCCCGGCCUUGUGCCUGGAGCCAAUUAUGGUCACGUCUAUGCUGUAUUUGAAACGGCCACAAGAAACACAGGAAAAAGUAUUGCAGGCAAAAACAUAGCCAACCCUACUGCCAUGCUGCUAGCCAGCUGCAUGAUGCUAGACCACCUUAAACUUUAUGACUAUGCCAACUUGAUCAGGAAUGCAGUCCUCACCACAAUGAAUGAAACCAGGUUGCACACUGCUGAUCUUGGGGGUCAAGGCACCACUUCAGAGGUGGUCCAGUCCAUCAUGAGGAUCAUCCAGAGUAAAGGGCAGCUUACCACAGACCUCUAAGCCCCCUCUUUGGACAUAGUGUAAUCUCAAUCCACUUACUCAUCAGUAGUUUGAGUUUGCACGAGGGUUUGUACUUGGAGUAGGUGCAUACUCUGAGAAAAGACGUCCAAGCAUUUCUGCCUCCACUCUUCCAAACAGAUUACUGACUGAAACUAAAUGUUAUCCACACUUGUCUUUUUCACAUGUGUUAAUGAGCUUUAGUGGGCACUUUUUUCAACAUAAGUGGUUCAUCUCAUUCCAGCAUCACUCCCAUUUAAUGACAAAUUCUACUGUACGGUUCCAUUUUAUUACUGGAGGCUCACUUAAAAGCUUAAUCCUUUCUUUAGAAACUGGGACCUCACAUUUCAUCCAAACUUGAGUAAAGGCUUCUUGUACGCUGUUGUCACCCACAGGAUGAGCAGUGAUUUAAAGUGUACCUUUUCCACUCUUGUGUAAAAAAGUUUUUUUUCCACAUUUAUGUGAUGUUGCGGCAUUGUUAAUCAACCAAAGUGUACAGUGUGCAUUAAAGGUCUUAAUGUUUUUUUUUGGGUUGUCAGAUCAAGUUGCCCAUUACGUACUGAUGUGUUCUUUAUGUUGCUGUUACCUGAACUAUAAAUUGAAAAUGCUGAUAUCACUCUUUCCAUUUAUACUGCAUCAUCAGAAAACGAGUACAUUGAGGAUUUGCUGUGAAAGGUAAACUUUUCUGCCCGUGCCAGAUUUAUCUUCUUAGCAAAGUGGAUUAUUUUGCAAGUUUAUGUAGUUGUAUUUGAACCUAACUAGACAAGCACUCUUAAAGCCUGAAAUGAUAAUGCAUCAUAUUUGUGGAUGGCUAAGUUAUGCUUUAACAUACUGUCAAUAAAGGAACCUUAAUAUAUAAUCAUCUUUGGAAGAGAUUUCUGUUUGACUCAUCCUUUAGCUCAGUUCCAAAACCUUUAAAUACAUAUUA